GAUCACUGAAAGCCACAACGUCUCGAGUUCGACAUCCAGAUGCUGUAAUUCCCAAUUGUUCAUCUCUCAUGCCAACAAUUGGGAAUUGGGAACUAUGAACCCUAAUUCCCAAUUGCUCCAGACGCUGUAGCGAGAGACGCUACCAGACUAUGAACCCUAAGUGAUUUUUCUCUGAAUUGGGAACUCUCAUCAGCUCAAUUUCGUCUCCGAUCUAACCUCUGAUGGCGUCGAAGCCGUUGAACAACAUCUGGAUCCGUCGCCAGCAGUGUCCCUGCGGCGAUUGGAAGUGCUACAUCCGCCUCGAAGGAGACGAAUCAACAACCAAAACCGAGAUCGAAUCAACAACAUCCUCAUCACCAUCACCAUCCUCAUCAUCCUCAUCGCCUUACGUCGGCCAAAUCUUCAGAACCGACGAGGAGGCCUUCGAGCACUACACCACCUUCGCCAGAAAAACCGGCUUCUCAAUCCGCAAAGCGCGCUCCACGGAGAGCCACAACCUCGGCGUCUACCGCAGAGACUUCGUCUGCUACCGCUCCGGCUUCAACCAGCCUCGCAAGAAACCCAACGUCCAGCAUCCGCGCGAACGCAAGUCCCUUCGCUGCGGAUGCGACGCCAAGCUCUACCUAACCAAACAAGUCCUUGCAAUUGAAGGAACCACGACGACGAAGACUCAGUGGUACGUUUCGCAGUUUAGUAACGUUCAUAAUCACGAGCUUCUGGAAGACGAGCAGGUCAGGCUCCUCCCUGCCUACCGCAAGAUCCAGCAAACCGAUCAGGAGAGGAUCCUCCUCCUCUCCAAAGCCGGUUUCCCCGUGAACCGGAUCGUGAAGCUGUUAGAGCUCGAGAGAGGCGUGCAGUUACCUUUCAUCGAGAAGGACGUUAGGAACUUCGUGAGGGCGUGCAAGAGGAGCGUUCAGGAGAGCGACGCGUUGCUUAACGAGAAACGGGAGAGUGAUUUGAUGGAGCUUUUGGAGUCGUGUAAGGGGUUUGCUGAGAGGGAUAUGGGGUUUGUUUACGAGUUUACGUCGGAUGAGAGUGGGAAAGUCGAGAGCUUGGCGUGGGCGUAUGGGGAGUGUGUUCAGGGGUACUCUAUGUUUGGGGAUGUGGUUGUUUUCGAUACGAGUUAUAGGUCGAUUACUUAUGGUUUGCUUCUUGGGGUGUUCUUUGGGAUGGAUAAUGGUGGGAAUGCGAUUCUUUUGGGGUGUGUGUUGCUGCAGGAUGAGACUUGCCGCUCGUUUACAUGGGCUUUACAGACUUUUGUUCGCUUCAUGAGGGGAGGGCAUCCUCAGACAAUAGUGACGGAUAUAGAUACAGGACUUAAAGAUGCUAUAGAGAGGGAGCUGCCAAACACCAACCAUGUGGUGUUUAUGUGUGACGUUGCCUCCAAACUAGCAAGCUGGUUUUCUCAGGAUCUUGGGUCGCACUAUGACGAGUUUAGAGCUGGGUUUGAGAUGUUGUGCCGGGCAGGGAGUAUUGAUGAAUUUGAACAGCAGUGGGAUCUCCUUGUCACUCGGUUUGGUCUUGUUCCAGAUAGGCAUGCGGCUUUGCUUUACUCGUGCAGAGCAACCUGGUCACCUUGUUGUGUCAGACAGCAUUUUUUAGCUCAAACUAUGACCCCUGAGUUUAGUCUAUCUAUAGAUUCUUUCUUGAAAAGAAUCGUCGCAGAACCAACGUGCAUGCAAGCAUUACUUGAAGAGGUCAGUGUUGCUGCAAGUCUAGCCAAGCAAAUCCCGCAACGAGUUCCUUAUCCUACCAUGAAAACAUGUAUGCCUAUGGAAGAUCACGCGAGGGCAGUUCUGACGCCUUACGCCUUCAGCGUGUUACAAAAUGAGAUGGUUCUGUCUCUUCAGUAUGCGGUAGCCGAGAUGGCCAACGGUCCGUACAUCUUGCAUCACUUCAAGAAAAUGGAAGGGGAAUGCUGCGUGUUCUGGAACCCGGAGAACGAGGAGAUCCAUUGUUCGUGCAAGGAGUUUGAGCAUUCGGGAAUCUUGUGCAGGCAUUCUCUUCGAGUUUUGGCCGUGAAGAACUGCUUCCAUAUACCGGAGCAGUACUUUCUGGUGCGGUGGAGACAGGAAAGCUCCCUUGUUAGUGAAGAGAAUCAGAAUGGUAUGGGUAUUGGCGAUGACUGUGUUCAAACGUUUCAGUCGCUUACCGAAACUCUUCUAACAGAGUCUAUGGUCUCAAAGGAUCGGCUUGAUUACACUAACCAAGAACUUUCUGCACUUAUCGAUCGUGUAAGGAAUAUUGAACCUGCUAAUACUUGUAUCAGUCAUGACUGCUAAUCAAGCAAGUGAAAUGUUUCGAGGAGGGUAGGUAUGUUUUUCCUGUCUUCUUUGUGUUUACUCAUGAGAUGCGUCUUUAUUAGAAACGUUUGUUCUUAACUAUCAAAAAAAAAAAACUAUUUCUCUCCACCUUUCAUUGACAGGAUAAGUUGGUAGCGUUUGAUCUUUCCCAGUUAAAUAGAUGCAGCUGUUCUGUUUCGUGCGUAAAGGCUUAAGGUCCGAAAAUUGCUAUGUCACAUUGUGCCUAAUGUAUCACAGCAGUCUUUUGAGACGAGUUUUAAAGCUUUUAAUAGAUGCGUUUCUUGCCUAACGGUAGUUAGUUAGUUAGAGAAGAACACCAAGGAAAAGUUUGUCUUAUGCUCUAUCACUGAUGUUGUAUUUACUAGAUUUGUAAACUGCGUUUUUGCUUCUAAAAUUGUCUUUUUAAGCUACUUUCUCGUUUCA